CUCUGGAGGCUCCACAUGGCGCUCCGUCGUGCCUUCACUGUUAUCCUUUCGACUCUUUUUGACUCAGCUGCAUCUGCAGAAGCGAAGGACAUUGACUUGGGAUAAUUGGAGUUAAGAAGAAAUUAUUCUCUUUUGGUGCAUGUGUGAGAAGACAUUAUCCAGUUAAGUAACUCCAACAAACAAGACAGGUAUGGCGGUCAUUUUAUUGGAAGUCAAAGGAGCAAUUGAAAGGUAAGUUGUCAACAUCACACACACAUUUAAAAUAUAAGCAUCUCAAACCCACUUGCUCUCAAUAUUCUCAUCAACCCUUGAAUAAUAUAUAAUCUCACAACCCGCAAAAUAACUACAUGAAGCUGAAGAAUAGCCUUCCUCUAUUAUCUUAAGAUCCCUCUCUGACUUAUUUGAAUCAAAUCCCAUAAGAAUUCUCUCUCAUGGAAAUUCAAUUCCAGCAGCCAAAGCAGCAACAUCAGAAAGCAGGCAUUCCAAUCAGCAAAGUGGGGAAAUUCAAAGGAAGAAACAGAAGCCGCGGCAACACAAACAAGUUUGUAGGGGUGAGGCAGAGGCCUUCAGGGAGAUGGGUAGCUGAGAUCAAAGACACAACCCAGAAGAUAAGAAUGUGGCUUGGCACAUUUGAGACUGCAGAGGAGGCAGCCAGAGCUUAUGAUGAAGCUGCUUGCCUUCUUCGAGGAGCUAACACUCGCACCAACUUCAUCACCCAUGUCUCCUUGGAUUCUCCUCUUGCUUCUCGGAUCAGAAAUCUGCUCAACAACAAAAAACCCGCAACUAAAAAACAACAACAACAAGAAGAUCGUGUGGUAGCAGCCUCUGCCUCUAAAACCAGAUGCACCAAUACUAGCACUACUAGUACUCCUAGUAUUAGGAGUAGUUCCAGCAAUAGUGUUGACCACAGCGACACUUCUCUUUCCAGUGGGACAGUCCAAGAUGCCUGUUUGUUUGAUGAUGUUUAUAGACCAGAUAUGAGCAAUUGCAAGGAGGAAUUUGGGUUGGGUUCCACGUCCAAUCUUUCAUGGGGUGGUUUUGGACAGGUUUUUGAUCGUUUUCCUUUUGCUCAGGUUUCAGAUAUUCCCAAGACUGAUGGGGGUCUGUCCAAUGUUGCUGACUUGGAUCUUUUAGAAUUUGAAAGGAUGAAAGUUGAGAGGCAAAUAUCAGCUUCACUCUAUGCAAUUAAUGGAGUGCAAGAGUACAUGGAAACUGUUCAGGACUCCAAUGAAGCUCUGUGGGAUCUUCCACCCUUGUGUUCAUUGUUCUGUUAGAUUGGACGGUCUAAAGGACAUUGAAAUAUUGAUCUCUAAUAUCUAAUUCAGUAUUUCUUUACCAUCAUCUAAAAUUGGGGGAGAAACUGUGAUCUAGGAUUUGGUUGGGAUCACAUCAGCAGAUAACUUUAGUGAGGUUUGGAAUCCUGUUUUUCUAACUUCCUUCUAAAUGUCAGCAGGAGGUUAUGUGAAUUAUUUCAGGGACCACUUUUUUAGUAAUCAAUCUGUCAAAUAUCCCUGCAGUUUUGAUCCCCUUCAUCGCUGACCCCGAUCUCUAAAACGUGAAUACUGUCUCUAUCUCUACCUUUAGCAGUAGAAUUCGGACAUUUGGAGGCAUUGUAAUUUGAUUUCCUCGGAAUUUCCUUGUGUAUUUAUUGAUACGAGAAAAAGGCCAAUAAAAGUUAAUCUUGCCGAUCGUAUUAUAUAAAGGUCCAAUGUUUCUCUGUACAAAGCAUGCAUUUCUUAUUCAUGCUUUUGUUUCUAUAAAUCACUAUACUGUUCUCUGCAUGGUAUAACAUUAUGUAAUGUCAGAUGAUUACUAAUGUUUCAUUGCCCAACCCUACGGGGUCAACCAGUAGAAAUAUGACCAAAUAUUAUAAAGAAACUUCAAGACAUGCGAAGACCAUCAACAAAACGAGCAACAAGAAACAAUGAUAGAAUUGAGAUCAUGUCCCUAAUCACUUCUAGAGAGAUGUUCACCUCUUGCUCACCAUUGAAGGACGUCAGUUUUACCUGCCCUUG